CGGGAAAGAUGGGCGUGUUGCAGGAUCUAUAAAUACUAGAUGCGUCCUACACAGAUGUCUACAAGAGCAACACCGGACUUUACGCACGUGGAAACCCUGUUAUUGUCGGUCACUUAAUUUCCUUAAGUACAACAUGUUGUUCUUGAGGACCCUCGCGCUCUGGUUGUUCGUAGCUUGCCUCGCUCAAGAGGUCUUAGUGUCCAUUGGCAAAGGGGAUGGAAAGGGGCGCAAAGGCAAAGGAGGCAGCGGUAAAUCAGAGCAAUCUCCAAGCGCUACGCCAAGCAGGACGGAGAGGGCCGCGCCGAAAGGAAAGUUUUCCACUAAGGAUAAGCUGCAGUGUACAUGGGCAGUGCGUGGCAAGGAAACAGUUACGUUAGCUGUUACUUGCAAGAAUCCCGAAGCGCAGGUUACCGGAGGAGUCACUGAAUUAAGAUGCGACUACAACGCAAAACCCACUACCUGUCCAGGAUUCGGUACCAAUCCAGCGGGCUACUGGAAGCAGGUUGCUCGCGCGCUAAAAAAAUUGCAGAAAAAGCUUUGCAAGGAUGAACGUGCGCUGGUUAAAGCAGGCAUGUGCAAGCGCGCUACUCCGGAUGCGCACUUCAAACUGGACAUCGGCUCGUUUCAUUCCGAAGCUGGCCAGCCCAGCGACUCAGUAAACCCCCAGAAGACUCCCCGUACCAACGCCAUGGCUACCACAACCACUGCGCCACCGGCGAGGCACAGCAAAGGUAGCUCAUGUACGGAGCGCGUGGACCAGCAGAAGCUCGCGGAGGAAUAUUGCAGUAACUCAUGGGCGAGCUUGUGCACUUUCUUUUUCUCAAUGUUGCAAAGUGGAGACUGUUAAAUGCGUGCCUGGGGACCAGACUAAAGUAAUUCCGAGAUUGAUUGACAGUUUCAUUGACUUGUGGGGAAUUAGUAUCCUGGUUAAGUUUUUGGGUUGCUCUCGCUGUUUAUGUAGCCCCAAGAACACUUGAGAAGGCAUAACUAUAAUAACCAGUAAAUCAAUGUAAUAAGAAUUUCACUGUUGGCUACUAUAUCAAGAUCAACAACUAUUCUCAAAUCAUAUUGUUUCUGCAAAUACACAUAUACUGUAUUUAUUUUUCGAAAAUAAAUGUUUUCUAUUUA